AUGCGUCAAGGUCAUCAAAUAAUGUCUUCAAAGCGAAAAUCACCGCCAACGAAAUUGGAUGGCAGUAAUGGAAUUUCUGAAUUGAAAUUUCCAUAUCAAGACAACGAUCUGAUGACUCCAAAGGAAAUUGACUUAUCGAUCAAAACUUCUCCACCCUCAAGCGAUGUAGAAACACAAAAUGAUCAAAAACUCAGUCCAAAUAGUUGCCAUUUGGAGUCAAAUACGGAAACUAAUCAUCAUAUUCAAUUAAAUGGGGAUAGAUCGAAGACGAAAUCGAAGCGAAGGGGUACAGAUAUUCAAACAUUAACUCAAAAUUAUCUACAUCCUUCAACCACUAUUGCUGGUCUUCCUCAUGCUCUUCAAAAUUUACUUUCGAAACGUCGGAAAAGUGAAAAUUUCGACAACGUGCCAUCAAUACAUUCGCCAUUAAAUCACAGUACACAGCAGGAUGAUUUUAUCCAAAACAAUAAUCAAUUUAGAAGUGAAAAUAGCGCUAAAAAUAAUUUUAUCAGUGAAGCGGAUGAAACGAAAAUCAAACGUGAACCGAACAUCUCCGAUCAAAAUGAAAAUGAUUUUAGUCUGGUCGGAAAUUAUCAAUACGAGAAGCAAUUGGAUAGCAACAAUCAUAAUUUGAAUGAUACAAAACGAGAUAUGAUGAACUCAUCUAGAAAAACAAUGAACGAUGUGUUGAAGCUUCUUACAAAUAAAAUGCGGGGGAGCUCAUUGAAAGAAGGAAGAAAAGGAACGUCUGAACAAGAUUUUGAGAAUAAAAUUGAUUUGACUAUUGAUCCAUUCAAGUAUGUCGACCUUCCGGAAAACCUUCAAGAACGAGAUAAAUAUUACUUGUACAGUGAAAUGAUACUUCAAUUACAAAUGGCUCGUGAUCACUUGUUAAGGCAACAAUCAGAAAAACCGAUGAAUGAAUUUGAAAGUAAACUUAUGCAGAAACAAUUUCCGUUGCAAAUCCCAGAAAAUUUUGAUGAAUUAAAACUUCAGAAUGAAGCAUUCCUUCAAGAAUUGCAAAAUCAUCUAGCGCAAAAAACAGGGAAUACUUCUUCACCGCUUUCUCAAGCAUCUUCACUUUUAAAUGUUGCUUCAGGAUCUAAUAUAGUCAGUAAUGCUCCAAGACUCCCCUAUAAUCUCCCAUUUAAUAAUGAAGAAUCAGAUCUCUUCGCGGCAUGUCGGUUGUGGCCGGUAAUGGCAGCAACUGCGCAGCAUCAUCAUCAUCAUAAUUCAACAAGCCAAUCAAACAAUCUACCAAAUUUGAUGGCUAAUCCCAGAGAUUCGAUUUCAGAGAAUAAUCUUGCAAGAUUUGGUCAAGCAUUAGCUGAAUCGAGUUCAAAAAAUAAACGUUUGAGAGAAGAUCACGUGACAUUAAUUAAUCAAAAUCACAUUAACGAUGACAAAAUCAGACUUGUCAGACAUCAGGGACGAGGUCGUAAUUCAUCUGAUCGGGACUUGCUUGGAAAACAACAUAAUAAUAAUGAGUCGUUAGGAAGCGGGAGUGGCAAUAACGGUGGAAAAGCUCACAUUAAACGUCCAAUGAACGCAUUUAUGGUUUGGGCAAAAGAUGAACGAAGGAAAAUUCUUAAAGCAUGCCCUGACAUGCACAACUCAAACAUCUCAAAAAUUUUAGGUGCUCGAUGGAAAGCAAUGUCAAAUUCUCAAAAGCAGCCAUAUUAUGAAGAACAGUCAAGACUGUCGAAACUUCACAUGGAACAACAUCCCGAUUAUCGCUAUAGACCACGUCCAAAAAGAACAUGCAUUGUAGAUGGUAAAUAUCCUAACAACGGUAAGAAAAUGAGGAUAAGUGAAUACAAGUCAUUGAUGCGAAAUCGUCGACAGGAGAUGAGACAACUUUGGUGUCGAGAAGGUGGUGAAGGCGGGGGUUAUAUUGAUAUGCAAUCGCCUGAACCGCCUGGAUCUUCGAGUAACAGCAGUCAGAUGUCACCAUCUCUUAGACUUGGAAAUAGUUUUGACUCAGGCAUUAUGGGAGCUGGCAAUAGUAAAGGUUAUUAUUAUCCAAAUGACUGCUUAUCACCAUCAGCAGUUUCACCAGGAGGUAAUUCCAGUACAAACUAUGAUUCACGUGACGAUGAUUAAUUUUGAGUAAGCUUCAAACUUAGGAUGAUGAUUGCAAGUUAAAAUGAGACGAGAAAUCGCCAUGAUGUGAACGAAAAAAAAAUCAUAACAUUUCUUAUAAAACACAUUUGGAAAUUACUAACGUACUCAAGGAUCGGACUUAAGGGUUGACCUUGUUAGUGUCAAAUUAAAUUGUCAAUCAACGUGACAUUGGUUAUGUUGUGAGCUAUUCUUUUCUAUAACGAUAAAGUUAUGAGAAGAGGCUUAUUUAAUAUCAAAUUCUCUUAAAAUAAGAGAUUAGUGAACUUCAAUUAAAACACAAAAUUAUACUUGAGUCAGCAAAUUCUGCAUGGAAUAUCUUGUUUUAAUAUAAAUUUCAAUUGCCAUGGUUAAUCAUAUUAAACUUAGGUAUAAUUAGAGAGGUCAAUUUGACUUUUAAAAAUGCUUUUAUUUCUAUGAAUCUUUAGGGGUAAAUUUUAAAAUUCGAAGUAUAAAACAUUAAAAUUAUUUAGCAAAUAGAUACUUAUUAUAAUAGGUUAGGACAUUUAAUAUAUAUAAAUUUAAAUUGGUUAAUUAAAAAUUGAGAUAAGAGUCAAUAUGUAUUGA